AUGGACACCCUACAGCCCUAUGGGCACCCUGUGGGCACCCUAAAAUCCUAUAAGGACCCCGUGAGCACCCUACAGCCCUAUGGGCACCCUGUGGACACCCUACAAUCCUAUAAGGACCCCGUGAGCACCCUACAGCCCUAUGGGCACCCUAUGGACACCCUAAAAUCCUAUAAGGACCCCGUGAGCACCCUACAGCCCUAUGGGCACCCUGUGGACACCCUACAAUCCUAUAAGGACCCCGUGAGCACCCUACAGCCCUAUAGGGACCCUAUGGACACCCUACAGCCCUAUAGGGACCCUGUGAGCACCCUACAGCCCUAUAGGGACCCUAUGGACACCCUACAGCCCUAUAGGGACCCUGUGAGCACCCUACAGCCCUAUAGGGACCCUGUGAGCACCCUACAGCCCUAUGGGCACCCUAUGGACACCCUACAGCCCUAUGGGCACCCUGCGGGCACCCUAGAACUCUAUAAGGACCCCAUGAGCACCCUACAGCCCUAUAGGGACCCCAUGGACACCUUACAGCCCUAUGGGCACCCUGUGAGCACCCCACAGCCCUAUAAGGACCCCAUGAACACCCUACAAGGCCAAAGGGACCCCAUGAACACCCUACAGCCCUAUAGGGACCCCAUGGCCACCUCAUGA